UACAGAAUUGGUUUUAUUCAAAUUGACUGGCCCUUGGUCACUGCAUUGGUUGAGAGAUGGAGACAAAAGACACACACCUUUCAUUUUGUUGUGGGUGAGAAUGUAACAGUGAUGUUAGGCCUUCGUAUACAUGGUUAUCCAGUGACUAGUAGUGCUAACCUCCAGUGGGACGAUCUCUGUGAAGAGUUGUUAGGGGUGAGAACAGAUCCUAGUGUUCUUCAUGGUUCAACCUUGAAGCUUAGAUGGUUACGAAGGCCAUUUCCAGCAUCUGCCAUUAGAUGCUGAUGCUGUAACUAUGCAGUGCUAUGCUAAGGCAUAUAUCUUAGACUUAUUGGGGUCUCUCUUUCCAGAUAAAUCUGGUUUGGAUGUGCAAUUGAUAUUCUUACCUCUUCUAAGGGAUUUUAAGUAUGCUGGGAAAUUUAGCUGGGGUAGUGUUGUACUAGCCUACCUUUAUCGUGAACUCUGUCGGGCUAGUAAGAAGGGGGCCAGUGAAAUUUCUUGUCAUCUAAUGUUGUUACAGUUAUGGGCAUGGGAGCGUUUGCAUAUUGGUCACCUUAAGAGAUUUGUUACCCAAGAGUAGGAUCCAGUUGCUCCGAUGGUGAAGCUGUAAAGAAUGAGGUGCAAGUUUC